CAAGACGAAAAGUAUCAAUAUGCAUACAUGUUAUUUGGAUUUUAAUGAAAUGAAAUUUACUUCAACAUAUGUCUAGUUUUUUCAUAAAUAUUUGUCAAAAUAAGCUAAAGGGGUUAUAAGCUAACACUUUCAUAAUAUUACUGCUCUUCUAAAAUUGUACACAAGAAAAAUAUUACGUAAAUAAUAGCCUAUAUUAAAUCUACGCCUAAAUAUUAAGUUGAAGAAUGUAAUAGGCUAGGGAAACCACAAGAGAAAAAUAUGACAAGAUAGGUUAAUUUUCACACAAAAAUGUUCGGAUACGAACACUUAUGAAAAUAGUUCAACACGGGUUGGGUCGGGUUAUACGAGUUGCGUUACCCAAAAUUCACACCCAACCCAAUAAAGGCGGGUUGUACAAAAGAAAACCCACAUCUAACGAUAAACUUUAAUUUUGACAAUAAAUAUGGGUUGAUUGAGUCUUGUUGGACGGAUGUGUCGGUUUACAAAUUGUUUUGUUCAAUGCCUAUUCCAUCAAAGAAUUCACACAUAACACAGUACAGUAUAAGGAAAUAGACUAUUUUAUACCAAAAUGUGUUUGUUGCACAAUCUUUUCUCGUUUCUGUUACUGGCACAUCUCGUUGGCUAAUGAAUUAUUAGAUGCCAUAGGUUGAAAAGGUGACCAACUUGGGUUUUGGUUGCUUCAGUUACAAACUUCCAUCUAUAUGUCCAAUAAAGAAGCAGCCACAUAAUAUCAUGACACAUACCUAGAAUGGUUAUUGUCAAACAAGUCCUUAUGGUCACCAGUAAUAUGAACUAGAGUCAACGCAAGCAUCCAACUUUCCACUAUCGGUUGACUCUAGGCAAAUAUUUGUUAACUUUGACAUUUGCUUAAGCAACAAAUUAUACUGCUAUCCUGCUUCAAAAGAAUUGUAGUUUCUAAGAAGAAGGAUGUAAUUAGGAACUGAAAUGUCAAAAUAUAACACAAUUAGCCAAAUAUUGAUAGAUACUACAACUAUAGAGGACUGUUUGAUACAAAAGUACAAAACCAUACCAUCUUUUCUGCAGUGCCAGUGCUCCCACCCUGCUUUCACUCCAUUUGAAAUUUGGGCAUUGGGUAACCAAUUAACAAACGGCUAUGCACUACUCCCCACACCAACUUUCCAAAGCCCCAAAGGAUCCUCCUGUUCUUCUGCUUCUGGCUUCUGCUCCCAAUUAAAAUAAUACUCCUCAAAACUGAAAACUUUUCCCUCUCUAUUUUCUCUCUCCUUGCUUGGAGAGUGUCAUUAUUUGCUCUUGUGCUCACCAAGAACUUCUUUUAUUUGCUUUUGUGCACUUUUCGAAAUUCAAAAACAAUCAUGAACAAACCAAAAGGACAGAUUUUUCCCCGGCAAGCCUAGCAGCCGAGACUUGCUCAUUCCUCCCAUUUCCUCAACUCCCCAAAACCUUAACCCUUCUUCUAUGACUCGACCUGCUCUGCUGCUCCCCUCUUGUUCUCAGUAGAAAGUAGAAACCACCCAUUAAAACCCCCAAACCUAGAGACAGCAAAACCCUUGUUCCAUUCUUCUUCUUCUCCCUCUUUUUUUUUUUUUCUUGUCUUUACUUUUGUCCUUUUCUCCCUCUUCCUGUAGCUCAAGCUUCACUAAUCACCAGAUUUGAGUAUACAGAAUCAGAGAGCAACCUAGAGCAUCUUGCUGAAAGAGAAAGAAGAAAAGCUUCUUCCAGUGAAGGAAAAAUGGAAAUGGGUGCCCUUGGAUGGGUGUUUCCUCUCAUUUAUGCAGCAACCCUUUUGAGCUCUACCUCUCUUGCUUUGACUGAAGAUGGUAUUGCAUUGUUGGAACUGAAGGGAACAUUGAACGAUACCAGGAACAUGCUUGCCAACUGGGUAGCCACUGAUGAAUCUCCUUGCCUAUGGACUGGCAUCUCUUGCUAUCCUGAUGACCAUAGAGUCAGCUCAAUAAACCUUCCUUACUUGCAACUUGGAGGGAUCUUAUCUCCCAGCAUUGGGAAAAUUAGUAGAUUACAGAGAUUGGCGCUUCAUCAGAACAGCUUACAUGGGGUCAUUCCAAAUGAAAUUACCAAUUGCAAGGAGCUCAGAGCCCUGUAUUUGAGAGCUAAUUAUCUGCAAGGAGGCAUACCUUCUGAUAUUGGGAAUCUCUCCAGUCUCAAUAUAUUGGAUUUGUCUAGCAAUUUGCUGAAGGGUGCCAUACCUUCAUCUAUUGGCAAGCUUACACGCUUGCGCCACUUGAACUUGUCCACCAACUUCUUCUCUGGCGAAAUACCUGACUUUGGUGCUCUAAGCACAUUUGGGAAUAGUUCGUUUACUGGAAACUUAGAUCUUUGUGGAAGGCAAGUGGCAAAGCCAUGCCGAACAUCACUCGGUUUCCCUGUUGUGCUACCACAUGCUGCUAGCGAGGAAGCAGGCGUUCCCACGAAACGUUCUUCUCAUUACAUCAAGGGUGUUCUGAUUGCUGUAAUCUCAGCAAUGGGCAUAACAAUCAUUGUGCUCUUUGGUUUUCUCUGGGUAUGCUUACUGUCAAAGAAGGAAAGAGCUGCAAAGAAAUACACCCAAGUCAAGAAGCAAGUUCACAAGGAAGCAAGCACGAAGCUUAUUACUUUCCAUGGUGAUCUACCAUACACAUCGAUCGAGAUAAUAGAGAAGCUGGAGACUCUCGAUGAACAUGAUGUGGUAGGGUCUGGAGGAUAUGGUACUGUCUACCGUAUGGUCAUGAAUGAUUGUGGAACAUUUGCUGUAAAAAGGAUUGACAGAAGUCGUGAAGGUUCUGAUCAAGUUUUCGAGAGGGAAUUAGAGAUUUUGGGAAGCAUCAAGCAUAUCAAUUUAGUGAACCUUAGAGGCUACUGUCGGCUCCCCACAUCAAAGCUUCUGAUAUAUGACUAUGUUGCCUUGGGCAGUCUAGAUGACUUUUUGCAUGGACAAGCUGAAGAAGACCGUGAAUUAAAGUGGGGUGCUCGUCUAAGAAUAGCCUUAGGUUCUGCUCGGGGAAUCGCAUACCUGCACCAUGACUGUUCUCCUAAGAUAGUCCAUCGAGACAUAAAAUCUAGCAACAUUUUGCUCGAUGAAAACUUGGAACCGCACGUCUCAGAUUUUGGUCUUGCCAAGCUUUUAGUAGACGAAGAUGCCCACGUUACAACUGUAGUUGCUGGAACGUUCGGUUAUUUGGCACCAGAGUAUCUACAGAGCGGGAGGGCAACUGAGAAGUCAGAUGUGUAUAGCUUUGGAGUUCUAAUGCUUGAGCUAGUGACUGGGAAGAGACCUACUGACCCGGCGUUCGUGAGGAGGGGCCUGAAUGUCGUUGGAUGGAUGAACACACUACUGAGGGAGAACAGGCUCGAAGAUGUGGUUGACAAAAGAUGCACUGAUGCAGAAAUGGAAGUUGUCGAAACAUUGCUAGAGAUUGCAGCAAGGUGUACCGAUGCAAACCCAGAUGAAAGGCCGACCAUGAACCAGGUGCUUCAGUUGCUUGAGCAGGAAGUAAUGUCCCCUUGCCCCAGUGAACUCUACGAGUCACAAUCAGACUAUUGCUGAAGAGGUCUCAAACAGGUGGUAGACAGUAACCAUUGAUGGAUUCAUCAUGCAUUCCGACUGGCUAAGCCUUUGAGGGCCAAAUGGGGUUUUUGACGAAUUGGUCUUAUUAUGUAUGCCUAUUCCUUUUGAGGCAUUCCCUGUAAAUGAUUCUCUUCUCUUCUUGGAAGAUGUCGGAUUGGAUGAUAUGAAUGUUCUGGUGUCACUAUGCCAAGUUUGCUACCUCUUGUGUAGAUUUGAUAUUACACUAUCCUAGUUCUUGGUGUUUGUCAAUGCGUAGUUAGGUUAUUCAACUAUUGGUUUUGGUUGACUGGUUGAUGCGUUAGUGAUGAGGACAUUCGUAAGAAACAGGGUUUAGGCGU